AUGAAUAGAAUAGAUACAAAUACAACAAAUACAACAACUACAACAACUACAACAUUCCAAACGAUUAUUGGUGUACCUUAUAUCAGACAUGUUAUAUUUACUGCAGUGCAAUUGAAAUCAAAUCAUCACCAACUUGGUAGUUAUUAUGAUGAUGAGGCAAGCGGUGGUGCAAAGAUAGGAAAGGAUAUUGUCAAGAUACCACAUCUUUCAAUGAUAAGUGAUUAUGCAAUGCCAUGGGACUUUAUCAAACAUUAUCUACCAGAAAAGGAUAAAGUAUUGUUUAAAAGAAGAUUGUAUGUCAUCAGCAAGUAUUGUUCACAUCCAAAUGCAACAUUGUCGACACUCAUUCAUUUAUUGGAAUGGUCACCCGAUUAUGAUCCUCGCCUAGUACCAAUCAAAUACUAUCACCAACUAGCUCUAAAGGUGGCAGGUGCAGGUCAUAGAGAUAUAUUGGAACUACUCGUUACAAAGUACCCAGAUAUCAAUUUAAACGGUGCUGUUGGUGCAGCUGCUAGAAAUGGUCAUCUUUCGACACUUGAAUUGCUAAAACAAUAUCCUCAAGCUACUUGUGACAGGCAUAUAAUAGAUUCUAUUGCAGAUACUGGUCCAAUAUUACCAAAUUUAGAUGUCAUUAUAAAGUAUUUACAUUUUAAUAGGAGUGAUGCAGGAUGCACAUACAAAGCUAUGAAUGAUGCUGCAUAUAAUGGACAUUUAGAUAUUAUCAAGUUUUUACAUGAGAAUCGUAGUGAAGGAUGUAGUAUUAAUGCUAUCAAUUAUGCUGCAUUUAGUGGACACUUUUCAGUAGUUGAAUGGUUACACUUUAAUAGAAGUGAAGGAUGCACUGUAUCGGCUAUGGAUAAUGCUGCUCGAAAUGGUCAUUUCAAAAUUGUACAGUUUCUUCAUGACCAUCGUACAGAGGGAUGCUCGACCGAUGCUAUGGAUACCUCUGCCACUUUGGAAAUAACUCAAUUCCUUCAUAUUCAUCGCUCGGAAGGGUGCACACACAAAGCUAUGGAUAUUUCAUCUGAAAGAGGACUGUUAAAUAUUGUUGAAUGGCUACAUUAUAAUAGAAGUGAGGGAUGCACUCACAGAGCUAUGGAUAUGGCAAUUUCAAAUGGUCAUUUUGAUAUUAUAAAGUUUCUAUAUCAUAAUCGAAGUGAACGGUGCUCAGCUAAAGCUAUGGAUAAUGUUAAAAUGGAAGGUGGUGAUUGUCGUCAAACAAUAGAGUUGGUAACAUUCCUUAUUCAAAAUCUACAAUUAGAGGUCACAAAACAGUUUAUGGAAAAUGCAAUUCGAUCAGGUCGAUUGGAUAUCGUACAAUUGAUUCACGAACGAGAUCCAACAUCAAGAAUAUGGAGUACAUUUAAACCUAUAGAUUUGGCUUGUGAGAACAAUCAUUUUGAAUUGGUUAAAUGGUUACAUUAUAAUAGAACAAAAGAACAAGAUAGUAGUAUUAAAUCAAUGGAUUCAGCAGCAAUGUGUAAUAAUUUGGAGAUGUUGGAAUUUCUACAUUUUAAUCGAUCGGAUGGAUGUUCUACUGCUGCGAUGGAUAGAGCUGCAUCGCAUGGGAAUAUUAAGAUGUUAGAAUUUUUAUAUAAUAAUUGUCCAGAGAGAUUCUCGAUCGAUGCCAUCAAUUGUGCCGCUGCCAAUGGUCGAUUGGAUGCAGUCAAGUAUCUCCACACUGUCCAUCAGAGUCAACCACCACAGUGUACGCUUGGUGCAUUGACCAUUCCACUUCCACGUCGGUAUCCCAAUUACGAUGUGAUUCAUUAUAUUCUAUCCAACAAAUUAAUACCACUCCAACUCAUCCAAACCAAUGCACAAGCAAUAUUAUGUAAUAAUCAUUAUGGCCAUAGUGAACAGUACUAUGAAACCAUUGAUUUAAUUAAUCAUUAUUAUGAUAAUAUAUUAAAUUAUUUGGUUUGA